AUGAACCCAGAUCGUGAUUACUUUUGCUCCUAUGAAAAAGUAGACAAUCUUGAUGAUAAUAAUCGCAGAUCCCUUCUAGUAAGUGUAAUGUUUACACAAUAUAGACCAGGCUCAGCUUACCCUCAAUUUGCUGCAGCUAAAAUAUUUACAAGGCGAAAUGAGAGUAAUGAAGCAGAAGUCAAUUUUUUAAGACAAGCUGGAAAUUGUCACCCAAAUGUAGUUAAGUUUUACUAUGACGUAGAUUUAUCUGAUCAAAGCUAUGCAAUUUUUAUGGAAUUAUGCAAUAAAGGAAGUCUAGCUGGCAUUAUUUAUAAUAAUCGCCAUGAUCCCACUACUUGGACCAAAGACGAAACGUUGAGCAUGUUUAUCAUUAUCACAGAAGCAUUUACAAGUUUGCAUAGUGCGAGCAUAGCUCAUAGAGACGUUAAGCCUCAUAAUAUUUUUGUUAACCAACACAACGAAAUUCGUAUUGGCGAUUUCGGAGAAUCUAAAGUCAGAAUCGAAAACAAAUUACUCCACUUGGGACGCCUGAAUACAUGUCCCCAUUUUUGGAAAGAAUGCUAG